AUUGCAUUGCUACACUUUCUAAUUUCUAGUUUGGUUUAUCAACCAGAAAUAUUUAAAUGCAUAGGACUGCGUCUGGAAUCACUAAGUUUUCACAGAGAUUACAACUAAUUAGGUUUCAAAAAGUAUACCAAAUUAAACGCAGGAUGAACACGUUUUCAAUGUUGAAGGAAAAUAUCAACGAUAAAACUGAAACAUGGAGGAACGAGGAGGAGGAAGAAGAGGAGGAUGAGAUAAAGAAAGGGGAGUGGUGGGUGCCACAUCCUCGUACAGGAAUAUAUUUUCCAAUAGGGCAAGAAAGAGUUAUGAAUGACAUACCAAAUGGUGCAGCCUCUCUUCCCCAGAAUUAUUGGUUAAGGAGUGAAGAUGGUGUUGAAAAACCCGACCCGGAUUUUCCCAUUGCCUAUAAACAUCACUAAUUAUAGGCAACGUUAUUAUUACUUAGAUAAAUAAAGAGGAAAUCUCUUAAGAUUUGGGAUCUUCCAAAAAUAACUAGUGCUCUUGUUAUAUUGGUGUUAUAUAUAUAUAUAUGCACUAUUACCAGUAGUAAUAAAUAAGAUACGUAGCAAAAUAUGUAUUAUAACAUGGUUUCAUAAGUAAUCCACUAUAUAUAUCCAAUAUCCAUGCAUGCAUGUUGGAAAAGGAAAA